AAGAGACUAGAGAGAGAGCAAAAAAGAGAGACAGAAAGGCAGAGACGGGGGUAGUGGGGCAUUUGUAUGAGGCUGUUGAACAGCAGGGCGACGUUGCUUGUAUGUUCGCCGGUCGAUCGUAUCGGAUCGUUUAUGUUCGUUAUUUGUUUAGGAUUUCAAGCGUGACGAUUAAGGAAACACUCUUGGUCUGAUCUACGACGCUCUUAUGUCCGUAAUGACUCCGAUUACUGAAGUGACAUCCUUGAAUUUACAUGCUUCACGAGCCUUUUAGAGAAGAUCCUGUGCGCGUGUCGUUGCGGUCGGAGAACGGUAUUAUUUCCUCGUCAGGGAUGUAACGUUAAACGGACUUUACUCACACGCACCAAAGGGGCCGAGUGACCCAAGUGUAGCUCUCACCUGGGGGAGGACCAUCACCCCUUCAUUCUUAUCAUCCCUCACCCUUGAGCCCCCACACCGAAGCAGCCAUGGCGCCACGGAAACGCGGGGGCGGAGGGCACGGCACGUCCUUCCUCUUCUGCUGCUUCCAGAGCAAUGACCACCCAGAGAUCACCUACCGCCUGAGGGAGGACUUCGCCCUGCAGGCGAUGGAGCCUGCGCUGCCCAUCCCCAGUUAUGAUGAGCUGGAUGCCAUGUUCUCUGAGCUGGUGGAUGAGCUGGAUCUCACAGAGAAGCACAGAGAGGCCAUGUUUGCCUUACCAGCUGAAAAGAAAUGGCAGAUAUACUGCAGCAAGAAAAAGGAACAAGAGGAGAAUAAAGGUGCUACUAGCUGGCCAGAGUUUUACAUUGACCAGCUUAGUUCAAUGGCAGCUAGGAAGACACUCUUGGCCUUGGAGAAAGAAGAAGAAGAAGAACGUAACAAGACCAUUGAAAGCCUUAAAACGGCACUACGGACACAACCCAUGAGGUUUGUAACACGUUUCAUUGACCUGGACGGCCUGACAUGCAUCUUGAACUUCUUGAAGAGUAUGGAUUAUGAGACCACCGAGUCUCAGAUCCACACCUCACUCAUCGGCUGCAUCAAAGCUCUGAUGAACAACUCUCAGGGCCGUGCCCACGUUCUCUCACACACGGAGAGCAUCAACAUCAUCGCCCAGAGUCUGGCCACCGAGAACAUCAAGACUAAAGUGGCGGUGCUGGAGAUCAUGGGUGCUGUUUGUUUGGUGCCUGGGGGUCACAAGAAGAUUCUAGAGGCCAUGCUGCACUAUCAGAAGUUCGCCUGUGAACGAACGCGGUUUCAGACAUUGCUGAAUGAUCUGGACAGAAGUACAGGUCGAUACCGGGAUGAGGUCAGCCUGAAAACCGCCAUUAUGUCCUUCAUUAAUGCUGUGUUAAGCCAGGGAGCUGGUGAAACAAGCCUUGAGUUCCGGAUUCAUUUGCGAUACGAGUUCCUCAUGUUGGGGAUUCAGCCCAUCAUUGACAAACUCAGGUCACAUGAAAACUCCACUUUAGACAGGCACUUGGAUUACUUUGAGAUGCUCAGAAAUGACGAUGAACUAACUUUAUCGAGACGCUUUGAGUCUCUUCAUAUAGACACAAAGAGUGCGACCCAGGUUUUUGAGCUUGUACGGAAGAAGCUUGCCCACACGGAUGCGUACCCACAUUUCAUGUCUGUUCUUCACCAUUGCCUGCUUAUGCCACAUAAAAGAAGUGGGAACACAGUGCAGUACUGGCUGUUGUUGGACCGUAUCGUCCAGCAGAUGGUUUUGCAGAAUGACAGAGGUCAUGACCCUGAUGUGACCCCGUUAGAAAACUUCAAUGUGAAGAAUGUGGUUCGAAUGCUUGUCAACGAAAAUGAGGUCAAACAGUGGAAAGAACAGGCGGAAAAAAUGCGUAAAGACCACCAUGAGCUUCAGCAGAAGAUGGAGAAGAAAGAGCGAGAGUGUGAUGCUAAAACGCAGGAGAAGGAGGAGAUGAUGCAGACGCUCAACAAGAUGAAAGAAAAGUUAGAGAGAGAAAUGGGGGAACAUAAACUGGUCAAACAGCAGGUUGCAGGACUGACGGCCAGACUACAUGACCUCAGCACGAAACAGAUAGCCAGUGUUCCUGGAGGUCCUCCUGUCCCUGGUCCUCCAGGUGGACCUCUCCUGCCCCCUCCACCACCUCCGCCAGGUGGUAUGAUGCCUCCUCCACCACCCCCUCCACCAGGAGGUGCUAUGAUGCCACCACCUCCACCACCACCCCCUGGUGGUCCUCCACCACCUCCCGGACGGCCUCCUUUUGGCAUGGCUCCGCCUCCUCCACCAGGAGCACCUGUGGGACCAUCCUUGAAGAAGAAAAGCAUUCCUCAGCCGACGAAUCCACUGAAGUCCUUCAACUGGGCCAAGCUGUCUGAGAACAAACUCGAGGGCACAGUGUGGGCAGAAGUUGAUGACAGCAAAGUUUUCAAAAUCCUAGACUUGACGGACAUUGAGAAGACUUUCUCUGCAUACCAGAGGCAACAGGACUUCUUUAUGGUCAAUAACACCAAGCAGAAAGAGACUGAGGACGAUGUCCUGAGUUCCAAAAAAGUCAAAGAGCUCUCUGUCAUCGAUGGACGCCGCGCACAGAACUGCAACAUCCUUCUCUCACGAUUGAAACUUUCCAACGAGGAAAUAAAGAGAGCUAUUCUGACUAUGGACGAACAGGAAGAUCUGCCUAAGGACAUGCUGGAGCAGAUGUUGAAGUUUAUCCCGGAGAAGUGUGAUGUGGACCUGCUGGAGGAGCAUAAACAUGAGCUGGAUCGCAUGGCAAAGGCAGACCGUUUCCUGUAUGAAAUGAGCAGAAUAAACCAUUAUCAGCAGAGGUUACAGUCUCUGUACUUUAAGAAGAAGUUUGCUGAGAGGAUUUCGGAGAUCAAACCCAAAGUUGAAGCACUGAGCAAGUCCUCGAAAGAGGUUUUACACAGCAGGAAUCUCAAGCAGUUGCUGGAGGUGGUGCUGGCAUUCGGCAAUUACAUGAACAAAGGGCAGAGGGGCAAUGCAUACGGCUUCAAAAUCUCCUCACUCAACAAGAUUGCAGACACCAAGUCCAGCAUUGACAAGAAUAUCACUCUUCUACACUACCUGAUCACCAUUCUGGAAAAGAAGUACUCGAAAGUCAUGCUCUUCCCGGAGGAGCUGCAGAAUGUGCCGGAAGCUGCCAAAGUCAACAUGACUGAACUGGAGAAGGAGAUCAAUAAUCUCCGCAGUGGUUUAAAGAGCGUAGAAAGCGAGUUAGAAUAUCAGAGCAAGAGUCCUCAGCAGUAUGGAGAUAAGUUUGUGUCUGUGGUCAGCCAGUUCAUCACGGUGGCCAGUUUCAGUUUCUCUGACGUGGAAGACUCGCUCAGCGAGGCUAAAGAACUGUUCUUAAAGGCAGUUAAACACUUUGGUGAAGAUGCGGGUAAGAUGCAGCCUGAUGAGUUCUUCGGGAUAUUCGACCAGUUCUUGCAGUCCUUUUCAGAAGCCCGUCAGGAGAACGAGAACCUUCGACGACGCAAAGAGGAGGAGGAGCGCAGGGCGCGCAUGGAGGCUCAGCUCAAAGAACAGAGAGAAAAGGAGCGAAAGGCCCGAAAAGCCAAAGAGAACGGAGAGGACGACGGGGGCGAGUUUGACGACCUGGUGUCUGCUUUGCGUUCCGGAGAGGUUUUCGAUAAAGACCUGUCAAAGAUGAAACGCAACCGCAAGCGCAUCAACAGCUCGACGUCAGACACCAGCAGGGAGCGUCCCAUAACCAAGCUUAACUUCUGAACAGCCGCUGAGCUUAAGUACAGAGACAGAUUAUCAGGAUCCACUUCAUUACAACCAACCAAACAUCAUGAUGAAUGUCUGGAGGAAUCCUCACAUUAAACACAGUACUGGCCAGAGAAAGCGUGUUUACCCAAAGACGGUCCAUUUAUCAUGAGCCUCACGUGACUGAUGGAGGACCUGUUUGGAAGCAGAGAGAAAGGACUCGUACAUAUUAAGAACAUGGCUGCCAAAUGAACCUAAUUUAAUGAGAAACUUUGUAAAGAGUGCUGGAGCGUGUUUCCUCGGUGCUGGAGCCACCAGGAAUUAUAAGACUGUAUCCGGUUAAAUGUGAUUUUUAACCAAAUAUUAAGAUGAAAAAUUUUGUCCACCCUUUUACCUUACUGGAACGAAACAAAGCGUCAAUAUUACAACACUGACUUCAGCAUGCCAAACGUCACAAUGAACUCUUCCAUUUCUAGCUUUUGAUGCAUUAAGGUCGGAAUGGAUAUGGAUAUAUUUUAAAAAGGCUUAUACCACGGGGCUGUUGAAUGCUUCAAUCUGAUUGGUUGACAAACGUUAGUCCUACAGUUCCAUAUCACUUCGCCAAGUUUAAA